ACACCAUGACUCAACAAGUUCAAAACUAAACCAUUCAAACUCCAUAUUCACUGCAAAUUCAAACUAAAAAGGCGCAAUGGCUUCUUCUGAUGCAACAGCAACAUCCAAGAAAGGUGGAAGAGGCAAAUCAAAAACCAAAUCUGUUUCAAGAUCAAGCAAAGCCGGUCUCCAGUUUCCCGUUGGCCGCAUCGCUCGUUUCCUUAAAGCCGGUCGUUAUGCUCAGCGUGUUGGAUCUGGUUCACCAGUUUAUCUCUCUGCAGUUCUUGAAUAUCUUGCUGCUGAGGUUUUGGAACUUGCUGGCAAUGCUGCGAGGGAUAACAAGAAGACGAGGAUUAUUCCGAGGCACAUUCAACUUGCUGUUAGGAACGAUGAGGAAUUGGGCAAGUUGAUGGGAUCUGUUACAAUUGCCAAUGGGGGUGUUUUGCCUAACAUUCAUCAGAAUUUGUUACCGAAGAAAGUUGCUGGAAAGGGGAAAGGAGAAAUUGGAUCUGUUAGUCAGGAGUUUUAGAUUUUUAUUGUACGGUUUUAGGUUAAGUUUUGGAAAUAGGAGAUUAUUGGUUCAUUUUCAUGUUAGCUUUGUAUGUUAUCGUUUACAUUUUGACGUAAGGUUUUAUGAUUGAUGGUGUAUAGCUCUGUGCUCUUUAAAAUUUAAUCUCAUAUUUUGAUAUAAUUUGUGUUUA